AUGCCUCCACAGCGCAGUCAUUCACCACCUGUUGAUCCGUUCCCUCCCCUUCGAAGAGCCGGUUCGUCCUCCUCAUCCAAUACGCCCUCAUACGCAUCCAUUGCCGCUCGAUCAUCCUCGCACCAUACCAGUACCGACCAGCAGCGGAGUGAAAGUGAAAGGAGCCGUCGGAUCACCGACUUUGAACGCCAGUUGAGGGAAAGACACACACCGCGAGCUUGGGGAGCGGAAGAUGUAGAUAGGCAAGAUAAUUUGGAUGAAUUGAACAUGAAUAUGAAUAUACAUCCCGAACCCGAACCCGAACCUAUAGAUAUUGAUCCUUCACCUCCGUGGCGAUCGGGCUCGAGACAUCGUAAUACUGCGGCUUCGAUAGAGCAAGUCGGAUCAGGAGUCACUUCGACCCCCAGUGGUUCAGCACAGAACAGAACAAACGCAAGGAGUAUAGCGGGCGGUGCUAGAAAUCCCCCUCAGGAUGAAGAAGGUAUAUCUACACCGCCUGCCGCUGGACCCUCUCGACCUUCCAACCGCUCACCACCCUCACCUUCACCUAACCGACCUGCUCGUACAAAUCCUGAUCCAGUUCCAGCGACUCGUCUUGCUCCAAUGUUCACUCUUGAGGAACUUCUUCGGACUCAGCCUCCUCGUCGGAAUGAACCCUCUAGCUCGAAUACCAAUCCCAAUACCACCACUCGACCAACCGGUCAGACUGUGCGAGCGGUCUUGAAUGAUAGGAGGAGGAGAAGAGAGAUGGCGUACAACUUCCCUUGGGGUAUGCAGAUGGAGAGAGCUUUACCAUCGGGUGCCGGAGCAGGAGCAGGAGCAGGAGCGGAUUUAGAAGGAGAUGUAGAUGCUGUAUUGAACAUGUUGGAUGAUUCGACCGACCCAAUCGUCAUACCUUUCCCUACUGAUAAUCGAAGUGUUACUCGAACCAGUACGAGACCAUUGGAUGGAAGUUCUGCUGGCGCUGCUCCUGGCACAAAUCCAAGUCAAAGUAUAACGUCCUUCUUACGUCGACAGAGAAGGAACCCCGCGCCUACUCGGUCGAAUUUCCAAUUCGCCUACGACCCCGAUGAAGUCUUGCCUGCCAACUAUCCAGGGAUCGAAGUGGAGGACGAUAACCUGGAUGAGGAUUCGGACGAAGAGCGAUGGGCAUCGAGAUUAAGGAUCCAUACGUUCUCUGACGGUGGGGAGAACGAAUUCGACAUCGAUGGUCCUGCCCCAGCUCGAGCACAGAAUCCAGGUAGAUCAAACUUACAUCGUGGUGGAAACAACAGGAGGAGGAGAAGUUUCCUAGAAAGGAUAGGUGCACCUCCAGAUCUAAGAUUUCCAGAGGAAUUUGAAGACAGUAUGGACCUCCUUCCUACUCCUAGAGGUAGGACGGAAGCUACAGGAUGUGAACCGACCAACAAGGAGACGGCGGAGAAUGUCGUACCGCUCAUAGUAUCAAGCAAGGGAAUUACUAGACCUAGAGAGGAAGAACAAAAAGGAUCUUCGACAUCUUCUUCCUCACCUAUACGGAAAAAGAGACGGAUGGGCAAGAUUUCAAGCGACAGUCUUACCUCUGCUACUUAUUCUCCUUCUCGUCCAUCAUAUUUGUCCCAUUCUGCUUUACCUGCCGAUACAUCCUUACCAUCCCAGUUUAUCGCUCCUCUACCUCGAUCGCACCUUGCUAUAUCAACUCACAAAUCAGCUGCACAUUCACCUCGACCACUCAUCACCUUCGUCGGAUGCAAUCCUACCAGAAGGGAUGACGAUGCCACUGCCUUGCAUACCACCGUACCGAUACCUGUAGCAUGCGGGAUACACUACUAUGAGGUUGAAGUGAUUAAUAAAGGUAUAGAAGGGUUCAUGUCUGUGGGAUGGGUUAAAGAAGGGAUCAAUUUGAAGAGACUGGUUGGAUGGGAUAAGGGCAGUUGGGGAUGGCAUGGAGAUGAUGGAAGAAGUUUUGAGGGUUCAGGUAGAGGAGAGAACUUCAGUGAGACGUGGACCACCUCCGACACUGUAGGUUGUGGGAUCAACUUUCUAACUGGGAAAGCCUUUUUUACCAAGAACGGUAAAAUGAUGGGACAUCGAUUCUCUAAACUCGCUUCUGGUCUACAUCCCGCUGUGGGAUUGAGGUCGGUCGGCGAAUCCCUUGCAAUCAAUUUCACAGGUCCAUUCAAAUUUGAUAUCGACUCUUAUGUGAGAUCAGUCAAAGAUGAUAUCUCGUUGGAAGUGCGUUCGACCAAAGUGGUGGAAAUUCCAAGAUUGGUAGAUCAAGUUGCUUCGUCCUCAACAACCAUCAAUGAAGAAGUGGUAGAAGUUGCGAAGAUCAAAGGUGAAAACAAUAUUAAAUCUGCUUUAGCUCAGGCUUUACAGAAGGAGUUGAAGGAGAUUGAGGUUCCGCCGACGGAAAAGCAGAAGCAGGAGCAGAAGCAAGGAAUUGCAUCUGAAUCUACCCAGACAGUAUCCGAUCCAAUGGCGAAAGCGACUUCCGCGUUCGUGCUGGACUAUCUGCAACACAAUGGUCAUUCAAAAGCACUCUCUUUACUUCGAACCGGCAUGUUGAACAAGAGUGGUCAACCUGGAUCCACUUCUACUUCCACAGAUGCUACGUUGAAUGCGCAAGCGGAACCAGCUUACACCUCGAAAUCAAGGGAGGAAGUGAGAUUGUCAGAUUUUCAAUCGAAAAUACAAGCUAUCCAAUGGUUGCACACGACUAUGACCCAGUCAUUCCAGAAUCCAGUACCAACAUUGCUCCUUCAGGAUUUAUCUGGCUCAAACAACUUUUCAAUUUCGGUUCAAGCUUCUUUGGAGAUCUACAAAUUCCUGCAUCUCUUAUACAUUUCAACCCAAUCCGAAGCAAGUGGAAACGAUUCAGCUCUGGAAAAAGUUCUGGAUAAAGGACGAAGCAUCAGAGUGGAGAUGAGUAUUUGGAAUCCUGAUGACAGGGCUGUAGCUGAGAAGGCUUUCGGAUUGAUGGGCCAACCGGAGAUCUUGGAUGAUGUGUUUUGGAAAACAAAGAGGCAAGAAUUGGCAGAUGGGUUGGUCAAAGUGUUAAGAGAAAUGAACAACCUCAACCAGAUCUCUCAGCUUGAACAAGCCAUACGACAAACUCGUGUAGUACUGAGAACCUUGGCUGAGAAAUCACCCAAGUCAGGUGCGGCAUUUGUGGACAUGAAAGAUGUAUUGAAGAAUAGUUAG